AUGCGUCAAUGUUUUCGAAGGCCCGUGACGCGACGAACCAGCGUGCUAAUCAAACAUUCAGGACGUUACAAAGGAUUUUAUUUUAUCUUUACUAACCGUCUAGCAGCGGGUUUUAUCACUUUGUACGCCGCCUAAUUUGGGGUCGGUUCAGUUAUCACCCAGAAUGUCCUUCCCCCCUCACCUAAAUCGGCCGCUUUUGCCACCUCCUGGGAUACCUCCACAGUAUGCAGGUUUCCCCUCAGGGACUCCGAUGAUCCCAGUUCACGUGGGCAUCAUGACCUCUACCCCAACAGUUAUGUUGCCCUCUGUGACAGUGGUCAGUAAGCCUCCAGUCCAUAAGAAGGAUAUUGCUCUUCUGCGAGCCAAAGACAACGAUGAGAGCAGUGGACCCACCACCACAGUGUUUGUGGGGAACAUAUCAGAGAAAGCUUCAGACAUGCUGAUCAGACAGCUGCUUGCGAAAUGUGGGAUCGUUCUGAGUUGGAAGAGGGUCCAAGGAGCCUCUGGCAAGCUUCAAGCCUUUGGGUUCUGUGAGUACAAGGAGCCAGAGUCCACAUUGCGAGCCCUGCGGCUGCUUCAUGACCUGCAGAUUGGAGACAAAAAUCUUUUAGUGAAGGUGGAUGCCAAAACUAAGGCUCAGCUGGACGAGUGGAAGGCCAAGAAGAAGACUGCCAAUGGGAAUAAGAAGGCAGAGGAUGGAGGUGAUGAGGAGGAGGAGGUGCUGGACGAAGAAACAAAGAAGAAGGAUCAGAUAGUGAAAGGUGCUAUAGAUGGACUCAUGAGGGAAUAUGCCGCUGAACUCAAUGCACCUUCAACAGACGAGGACUCUCAGCGAAGAAAGAGAAAAAAGGAGAAAAAAGAGGAGGAUGACAUCAACACGAUUGACAUGGAGGAGGACAAGAGAGACCUGAUCUCCAGAGAGAUUAGUAAAUUUCGAGACACUCACAAGAAACUAGAAGAAGAGAAGGACAAGCGAGAGAAGGAGCGGCUGGAGUUUGAGAAAGACAGGAGGGAUCGCGAAAAGGAGCGAGAGCGGGAAAGAGAGCGGCGGGACCGCGAGAGGGAGAAGGAACGGGAGCGGGAACGGGAGAAGGAAAGAGAGCGAGAACGGGACAGAGACAGAGACAAAGACCGCGACCGAAGGCCCAGAGAGAGGGAGCGAGACCGAGACUGGGAGAGAGACAGAAGCCGUGACAGGAGUCCUGACCGCAGCAGAUCCAGGGAGGUGAGUCGAGACCGAGAUCGAGAAAAGAAACGAGACCAAGAGGAUGAAGAGGAGGCGUAUGAACGCAGGAAGCUGGAGAGGAAACUCAGAGACAAAGAAGCAGCCUAUCAGGAGCGUCUAAAAAACUGGGAGCUCAGGGAGAGGAAGAAGGCGCGAGAUUACAGCAAGGAGUCUGAGAGGGAUGAUGAGCGUCGACGUGAAAUGGUUAAAGAGGGCAAGCGGCUAAAAGAAUUUCUUGAAGACUACGACGAUGAAAGAGAUGACCCCAAAUACUACAGGGGCAGUGCGCUGCAGAAGCGUCUCAGAGACAGAGAGAAGGAGAUGGAGGCGGACGAGCGUGACAGGAAGAGAGAGAAGGAGGAGCUGGAGGAGAUCAGACAGAGGCUGCUAGACGAGGGACAUCCAAACCCAGACGCAGAGCUACGCAGGAUGGAGGAGGAAGAGGAGGAGCGUCUGAGACAACCUCCCAUCAUCCAAGAGCCUGAGCCUGUUGUGGAACGGGAACGCCACAGGAGUUCAAGAGACCACAGAGACCGCAGACAAGACCACCAGGACAGAGUAGAGGCCCGAUCACGGCCUGCCCCCUCUGACGAUGAGGUGGAGGAGGGCGAGGAUGAUGAUUAUGACAACGAUGAAGAUAACCCUGAUGUGAAACCUUGCUUGAAGCCCACAAUGAGGCCCAUCACAGCAGCGCCCUCGGUGUCAUCGGCCAGUGGCAACGCAUCCCCGAACACACCCGGUGAAGAGUCCCCCUGCGGCAUCAUCAUCCCCCAUGAGAACUCACCCCCUGAGGCGCUGCCGCAGGAGGAGCACCGGCCGAAGAUCGGCCUCAGUCUCAAACUGGGUGCCACAGGAAGCCCCAGUCAGCCCAACACGGGUAAGAGGAAGAAGCUGCCCGUGGACAGCGUCUUUGACAAGUUUGAUGACGAGGAGACUGAUGAGCAGCCUCGCAAGAGGAAGCUGGUGCCCCUUGAUUACGACGACGACAAAAGCCUCGGGGUGGACGGAGCUGGUCUCUCCAGCAUAAAGGGGGCUAACACCGAGGAAAAACGUAAACACAUCAAGACUCUGAUAGAAAAGAUUCCCACAGGAAAGCCUGAGCUGUUCUCCUACCCCCUGGACUGGACCAUGGUAGACACGUUGUUAAUGGAGCGACGUGUUCGGCCCUGGAUCAAUAAAAAGAUUAUUGAGUACAUCGGAGAGGAGGAGGCAACGUUAGUGGACUUUGUCUGCACCAAGGUGAUGGCUCACAGCAUGCCACAGAGUAUUUUGGAUGAUGUUGCCAUGGUUCUUGAUGAAGAAGCUGAAGUCUUCAUAGUGAAGAUGUGGAGGUUACUCAUUUAUGAAACUGAAGCCAAGAAGAUUGGACUGGUGAAAUAAGCAAAAACACCUUAUUAUGAAGAUACUUUUUUUUUUUUUUUCUGGAGCAUUAUGUAAAAUAGUGUAGCACAGUUAUGUCAUCCCACACGACAGAA